UCUGGGGAAAGCUAGAUAUUUUAUUUCAUAACUUGUUAAAUAUGGAUUUUUUGUUUUUACACAAACACAUCGCUUCAGAAGGCCUUUAUUAUCCCCCGGAUAUCUCAUAAUUGUGUCAAAUGUGACUGUUCACUUUCCACAAAUCUUUUUGAGUUCAGAAGUACAUUAAAUUAUAUAGCCUAAUUGUUUUUUCACCACUGUAACUCGUUUUUGUAAAAUAUCCUCCACCUCCAUAAAUGUCUACCUCAGCCACACACAUUGGCAUCUAUUGUUUUAAUACUGAGCUAAUUAUAUUUAACCUAAACCACAUUAUAAUUUUGACAUAUAGCCUAACUGCUGCUUUCCUCUUUCUGCUUGUGAGAUUUGAUGCCCACAAUAUAUGCAAAACCUGACCCUCACAAACAUACAGGCAUAAACGAAAACAGACAAUUGCGAUUGUGCGCAAAAACUCAAGGCUGGACCAAAGCGAUGUCCCGCCCACAGAAGCCCGAGCUCUGCACCUGCCCCGCGCGCGCAGCAGCCACUCACUGCGCAAAGCACUUCCCACAACAACGCAUACCUGCUGCCUCAAUACCUGCUGCACAUUUAUUCAUGUCAGAAAGCACCACGGGCCACCAUGUGGACGAGGCAUGAGAGCAGAAUUAAAGUCUGAAGUCAGUUCUUUGCAGUUACUGUUUCUUCCCCACUGGAUAUGUCUGUAUAAUCAACUGGAGUCAAGUGAUAUUUCAUAUGCGCUCACUCAGCAUGGAUUCACUACAAAUGACGUGCUCGCAUGGAUAUUAUUCGUCGUAACGAAUAGCUUUGGACGACUGCUUCACCGUAUUCAUCUAGAUCAAGUUUCCCUGACCGCUCUUGCUGGAUUGGAGGUUUGUGAUGGCAGCUAUGGGAGAGAUCGGGACGUUUUUACAGAGCCUGGAGGGUUUCGGACAGGUCGGAUCACAGUUCUUUCUACCGCCUCUAGGAGAAAACCUCGGGCUGUUGAAUGAUCAUUUAGUUCCAGCAGAGAGACUGUCACGGAGCACCUCCGCAGAUUUAACGCACUUGAAAGGGAUCCUGCGGAGAAGACAGUUGUACUGCAGGACUGGAUUUCACCUUGAAAUACUCCCGGAUGGCAGUGUGCAGGGCACGAGGAAGGACCACAGUCGUUUUGGUAUUUUGGAAUUCAUAAGCCUUGCAGUUGGAUUAAUAAGCAUCCGUGGAGUGGACAGUGGUCUCUACCUCGGGAUGAACGACAAGGGAGAACUUUAUGGCUCUGAGAAACUCACAGCAGAAUGUGUCUUCCGUGAGCAGUUUGAGGAGAACUGGUACAACACAUACUCUUCUAAUCUCUACAAGCACGGGGAGAGAGGAGCACGAUAUUUCGUGGCUCUCAACAAGGACGGCACGCCACGUGAUGGGACAAAAUCAAGGAGACAUCAAAAGUUCACUCACUUUCUUCCAAGACCGGUGGACCCUGAAAAAGUUCCAGAACUUUACAAAGAGGUGCUCGGACACAGCUGAGACCGUCAGUCACAGUUACGGGGUGAAAGAGAUGCCCAGUUUCUUCUCUGCAUAAGGAGGAGGAUGUGAUAACAUUUGGCCGCAGCGUCCAAACUGGAGAUCUGCUCUGGAAAUGCACUGGCCAGUACUGACGGUGAAGACAACAAAAAAGUCUCGAAAGACUCCCAAAGUGUGAAAGCCAAGCCGUAGUUGGUGUCUUUGUUGCUGGUUCUAACUGACUAGUAGCAUAACCAUGAAAAUCAAGAGUUUUGGAGGUUUUAAACAUGGUGCUGCUUUGCUCUGGAAAUAUUCGAUAUGGGUUAAGAAGGACUUGAAGGAACAAGUGAUGCUCAGAGAUGACAGAACUGGGACAGUGGAGAGCAGGAGAUGCCAUCUCACACGAUGUUAUUUAUACAGUUCUUGAUUCACAUAUUUAUUGUAUGUAUUUAUUUAUUUGAAAAUAUAAAUAUAUAUAUAUUUUUACAUCUAAAAGUAGAUUUUUUUUAUUAGACCAAACAGUAGAAGGUGCUUUGAAAUAGUGGCAAAGCUGUUCUUUUUAUAUGACGGAAACUGUAAAAGUUACUUAUUAUCACUGCUAUGCUAUUACAGAGAGCGAGAAAGAUUGUGAUUUCCUAUUACAAAUGUAUGAAGAAUGCCAUGAGACUUUUAAUAGAUUUGUUUCAAGCACGAUUUCCCAAAAUGGCAUGCUGCACAGUACAUUUUACAGGCCAUUAAAUCAAGUAUUAUCAUAAACAAGCUUGUUUUGUUUGAUAUCAUUUGUUAAUUCUGAAACGAUUAUAAUCUGGAAAAUGAUGCUUUCUGACUAUCAUGGGGGGGACGGGGUUGGAAAGGAAACAAACCAAAGCUGUCUUCUUUUUAAAGGCAUAAUUCAUCCCCCCCAAAAAAUGAAAAUUCUGUCAUCAUUUACUUAAACAGCAACUUAAAGGGAUAGUUCAGCCAAAAAUGAAAAUUCUGUCAUUAUUUACU